UAUCAGUGGACUGAUUUCAAGAUCAUAAUAUAGGCAGGCUGGCGGUCGGCACACAAAUAGAUGGUUGUCUCGGUGGCAUGCAUGCCUGUUGCGGCUCUAGUAGCACUGAUGGUAGUGUUUAAAAUCACUCGACUGGCUGGGAUUUCAGUGUUGUGUUUUUUUCUUCGUUGUGUCGUAUAAUUAACAAAAACAAUUCUUGUCUGUUUUCUUCGCAUGUUAUGGCCACUAGCCAAAAUCAAAAUGGUUUGGUUUAAACAAUUAAUAAAAGCUUCUUUCUUUUGCGCUGAGAAGUCAAACGCAGUCGCUGGUGAUCUGUCAAGUGGGCUGGUUGUCCCUACACACAUUACAUAAGUCCAAAAUAGACAAAGAGCUACGAAAAUGAAACCCAAUAAGAAAAAGCCCAGAAUACGCAAUAGACCGCGUAACAAGGCAAAUCGUUUGAAGGCAGAAGAGGAUGGAGAAAACGAGGUCAAUUUCCAGCAGGGUGAGGUCAACGGAAAUGAAACUCCAAAAAAUUUAAAUCCAUCUCAAGAGGAAAGUGAUGAUGAUGAUGAUGAUGACGAUCUACCUGGUUUGGAAGAAGAUGGCGGUGCUACUGCCAAGACAUUAGAUCCGAAUGAGGCCAUUAAAACCAUACAGCGAUUAUUGCGCGAGAGAAUGCUGAAAAAUCAACAAAAGGCUGCUGAAGCUAAUGCCCCUCAAAACUUUGAAAGUGCCAGGGAUACAAAGGCUAAGACUCUUGGUGGUGCAACUAAGUCUUCCAAAGUUGAAGCAUCAAAUGAACCAAAAGCACCUGUUAAUCAAAAAUCUCCAAAACCGGACCCCUCCAAAGAGACAAAGGCUGCAAACAAUCAAAAAUCAGCUAAAAUGGAAGCUUCUAAAGACGCCAAGCCUAGCACAGCUACUUCUAGUCAAAAAUCCGGAAAAUCGAAAGAGAAAUCAAGCGAAAACAAAAGUGACAAAGGUGCAUUUAUACAAAAUCUUCAAAAGAAAAUGGAGGCCAUGUUGGCAGAUGGCGAUGCCAAUCUGGAAAAUAAUCUUAUGGCGAACUUGAAAAAGCUCUUAGACGGCGAAGCACCCACUGAUAUAGUGUCCAGUGACGAGGAAGAAGAAGUUUUGGAAUAUGUAUACAAACCACGAAAAUAUUUUAUUGCCUCCCUAUGCAAUCUAUGCAAGAUUGAUUUGUGCAAACAACAAUCAAUUGAGUGUUCAAAAUGCCAUAUGACAUAUUAUUGCAGCGUUAAGCAUAUGCAAAAUGAUGCAGAACAUCGACCAUUAUGUUCAGCAUUGCGAAAAGUGGCUGCCGAAAUAUCUGGUGGUCACAUUUUCGAUAAAUGUUCAGAUAUGACGCCAGAUCAAUUUCGUUCGUAUCGUAUAGUAACGAUACGCAAUGCCAGUUCUAUUCUGCAAAGACCCUUGACGGCGACCGAGCAAGAAGUUAUUCUAUUUCCCCGCCUAUGUAUGCAUGUGAAAUGUCGCAAAUUUGAGUUUAAGGCCUUGCAAGAUUGUGCUGACUGUGGCAUGGUGUCCUAUUGUUGUGAUGACCAUGUGGUAGCUGAGCAUAAGAAAUGGUGCACAGCGUAUCAUCUCUUUAAAGAGCUGAUAAUAUUUCAGGAAAAGUUUGGCCGUUUAGAUCCUGGACUUCCGUCAAAGGUCCUAAAGGAGACACCCACAAUGUGCAACAAUACCAAGGAGGUGUUCCUUAAAUUGGGUCUAGAUAUACCAGACAACUGUUGUGAAUAUGCAGCUCUAACACAAAUCUCUACGGGACCUUUGACUGCCUGGUAUGCUCUAAAAGCUACGCAACAAUUGAAUAGUCACGAAGACCUCACCAUUCACUUGAUAGGAGCCGAAAUAGAAUUUGAAGUCGAUGUGUUAAAUAAAUGGGAAUUGUUCUUCCUGCACAUUACCCACACAGUCAAGAAUCUGAAUGUGGUAUUUGUGGGGCCUGAACUAAAUCCCAAUAAUAUAUCAUUCGAUCAAUUAAAGAAAACAAAAUGUUGCAAGGCAUGCCGGAAAAAUGAGCGCACUGUGAAAUAUUUCUUUGAACCCCAUAUCUAUCAUGACUAUCGCAAGAGGAAAAACUUUGUAACGCCCAAUUUAGUCUGUUUCUUCAAUGCUGGUCUAUAUCGUUCAACUGGCUACAAAAUGGAAGAUACCUGGCCAGAUACAAUUAAAGUUACUUCAGAUCUAAAUGUGCCAGUUGUGGUCACAGCUUAUACCGAAUAUGAGUUGCCUUUGGACAUGGAGCGUUUUGAAGAAGAAUGUGGUCGUGAAUUGAAAAUUGUGCAAAAACCAGAAGAAAAUCCCUUUUCUUCGACUAGACCAGAGCGAAACUUUAUAUCGGAUGAUGAGGCUCCCCUUAUGUAUAAGAACUACUUCUGCUUUGUGGUAGAGUAAAAAAAAAAAAAAAAACAAACCGAUUCUGACUAAUGUA